AUGGCCUGUCAGAGAAGUGAUAAACCCAACAGACUGAGGGACGAGCUGAGCUGCAUGCUGGUUGGUGAUGGAGCUGUGGGGAAGACGAGCAUGAUUAUCAGUUACAUCUUCAACGGAUACAACAGCGAUUACAGACAAACUGCUUUUGAUGUUUUCACUGGUUUGGUUCAUGUGAAUGGAAUUCCAACUCAUAUCAAACUGAUAGACACUGCUGGACAGGAGGAGUUUGGCCAUCUUCGCUCUCUGUGCUAUGCCCAUGUGGACGUCUUCAUCCUCUGCUUCAGCCUAGUGAACCCCGUCUCCUUUGAAAACAUCACCUCCAAAUGGAUCCCUCAGAUCCGAGCCGGCAACCCAACCUCUCCCAUCGUUCUGGUUGGAACUCAGUCAGACCUUCGCCACAAUGUGGACGUCCUGAUUCAUCUGGACCAGCGGAGGACCAAACCAGUGCACUUCAGCCGGGCCAGAAGCCUGGCACACAAGAUCAGAGCUCAUGACUAUGUGGAGUGUUCAGCUCUGACACAACACAACCUCAAAGAUGUGUUUGACUGUGCUAUAGGUGCUUCCAUCAAGCACAAGCACACUGGCAAAACAUCUAAAAAGAUCAGCCUGUUCAAACGCUUAAAGACUUUUUGUGAUUGUGGAUGGAGGAAAAUCUUCAGAUUCAUCUGA